AUGGGCUGGGCUGGGUUCAAGCAAGUUUUCAAAGAAAAAUAUUAUAACUCUGUGGUCUUGGCAGCAAAGACUGAUGAGUUCAUGAGAUUGGUGCAAGGAAAUCUCUCGGUGACAGAUUAUGCACAGAAAUUCGAUCGAUUGGCGAAAUUUGCACAAGAUUUGGUACCAACUGAUAGGGUACGAGCAGAUCGUUUUGUGAGAGGACUGAAACCGAUGAUCGCUCGGGACAUGGAGAUUGUUUCGAGGGGCGCGUUCACAUGCGCCCAAGUUAUAGAAAUGGCUCUUGCUGCUGAGAGGAGCGAAGAAAGAAUAUGGAAAGAGAAUGCUUCCAAAAGAGAUGCAAAGAAGGGUGGGGCAACCGCUUCAAAUGAUCACAAAAAGAGAGGGCAUGAACAGUCUGGACAGUCGGGACAAGACAAACGACCCAAGCCUAGUAAUGAAAAUCGUUCAAAUGGGAGUAGAAACAAUACAGAAUACCCUAAAUGCACUAAGUGCCACUUUGGGGAAUGUCGGGCCAAGGCAUGCUAUAAAUGUGGAAAAGAAGGGCAUAUCAAGCACAACUGUCCAUUGUGGAAUCAGGCUGGAAACAAAGAAGAGCCAAAGAAGGAUGAUAAAUGUUCCAGCCAGAGUGCAUCUCAUUCAUUUAUUUCUAGUAGCCUUGUAAAUCAUGUAAAUGUACCUAUAGAAUUGUUUAAUGUGGGUUUUGGGACUAUGUUACCAUCCGGGGAAAUUGUAAUAUCUAAAAAUUGGGUUAAAGUUGUACCUUUAUGGAUAGAUGGGAGGGAAUUGCAUGUAGACCUGAUUGUAUUAGAUUUAUCUGAUUUUGAUGUAAUUCUAGAGAUAGAUUUUCUUUCAAAAUACGGAGCAUCUAUCAACUGCAAAUGCAAGAAAGUGGUCUUUGCACCAGAAGGCGGAGAUCUGUUUGAGUUCGAAGGCAUAAGCAAGAAACCCAGAACUUCUAUCAUAUCAGCAAUGAAAGCUAGAGAAAUGUUGCAACACGGAUGUUUGGGGUAUCUCAUGAAUAUGGUCAAUGAAACUGAAGAGACAGAAAGGAGACCUGAAGAGACAAGAGUUGUAGCUGAAUUCCUCGAUGUUUUUCCAGAAGAACUGCCAGGUUCACCAUACAGAAUGGCACCAGCAGAAUUGAAAGAGCUCAAAACUCAAUUGGAGGAAUUACUUAAGCUAGGGUUCAUUAGACUGAGCUAUUCUCCUUGCUAUUAUAUUGACGAUGAACGCAAGAUGUGUGCAAGAACCAUUUAUUGUACAAAUAUUGACAAAAAGGUUGCUCAAGCUGAUGUUAAACUCUUUUUUGAAUCAGUCUGUGGAGAGAGAUAUUGA